AUGGAUAUAGUGCAGCACAUGCAAUGCACCAAGGAGCUCUCACUGCAGGUUAGAGAGAUGGCAUCUCUUGAUUUCCCGGCAUAUGGAAGUUUAUACUUCGCUGAUGCACCUAUUGAAGAAAAGCUAAAGAUACCAUUUGACAAUGGGAGAGAUCUCAAGGAGUAUUCGGCCGGGCUAAUAGAUACUGCUCUGUCACGUCUACCCAAAGAACAACCAGCCGAUGACCGACUUCCAUUCCGUGGAACUAUCCAGGAACAUUCUGACCUGAUAGAUGCGUGUCGAAAGUCUAUGAAUAUAUUAAUUGAGGAUGGGCGAGUACAGACAGCAGCGGCGCCAGCCCUGAUACAUCCAGACUACCACAAGAGGAAUAUCUAUGUUUCUCCUGACGAUCCAACCAAAGUUACAGGAUUGAUUGACUGGCAACUGGCAUCGAUUGAACCGGCAUUCAUCUACGUUCACGGAACCCCUGAUUUUGCCUCGCUCGCCGACCAGGACCCAGCCGAAGCAGACGAGUCCGAGAAAGCGAAAUCGGAAGACGAGAGACGGCUCCAAAAGGAUCUUUCUAUAUGCCACCAAACGUAUGACGUUAUUAUGAAGGGCAAGGUACCCAAGAUGCGAGCAGCAACACGGCUCGACCCAACCUUCUUCCGCCUAUUUCACUAUUGUUUUACCACCUGGAGAGACGGUGCCCCCGCCAUUAGACAAGAGCUUCUGGACUUGCGGUCCUUAUGGUCAGAUUUGGGGCUGCCUGGAAGCUGUCCAUAUGACCCAGACGAGGAAGAGCUGCACAGACAUGCAAGACAGUAUGAGGACUUUGAAACAAGGCAGAAACUGAAAACGUGGCUUACGAUGCAGCUGAACUCGGGAUCUGAUGGCUGGGUGCCGAAUGAGAUAUGGGAUGCUGCUCAAGAGGCGAAUAGGGCAGCGUAUGCAGAGUGGAUGGAGUCUGCAGAGGAGUUGGGGGAGGCGGAAGGGAUGACGCCCGAGAAAGCUGAUAGGCUGUGGCCCUUUGACGCAAGAUAA